AUGAAGGAAGAUGAAGGUGAUGAUAACAAAAUCAACGAUGAUAAAUUUGUUCAAGAUAUCAAACUUUGGGGAGUUUUCCUCUUCGGAUUAAUCGGCGCUACCGCCACCACCUUCGCCCUGUCCAGGUCUUUGAAAGGAGGGAAUGUCGGUUCUUUUCGAACGACUUUUCAAGAAGAAGCAUGGAAGAGGUACAAUAAAGGAGGGAAUGUCGGUUCUUUUCGAACGACUUUUCAAGAAGAAGCAUGGAAGAGGUACAAUAAGCGACUGCAAGAGGUGUACGAGGUGUACGAGGAAGAGAUGGAGAGAGUGGAAAGAAUAAGGCGUAUGCAAGAUGUGUUUAAUAGAGAAAGGAAUAAGUAUAGACGAAAUCCCGAGAACUGGAAGGAAAAUGGUUCUGGUACAUAUCAUCAGAAUUUCCAAAGAGAUGAUCGGUAUAGGAAGGCUGAGCAAACCUUCAGAGACCAGUGGAAAAAUUACCCAAGGGAAAAUGGAAGCAUAAAUUAUUCAUUAUUAUCACACCACUACUCAGUUUUGGGUCUCGACAGGUCUAGAACGACACCAUAUACAGAUGCUGAAAUUAAGACAGCGUUUAGGACCAAGGCAAAGCAGUUUCAUCCUGACCAGAACCAAGAGGAUAGAGUGGCUGCUGAGGCUAAGUUCAAAGAGGUUAUGGGUUCAUAUGAGGCCAUACAACAAGAAAGAAAGAAUCAUAGUCUGUAA